CCUUAGCUCAUAAGUUGGAGCAGUUUCAUUUCCUUCUCAGACUUUCUCGGCUGCUUAUCGGAGCUCGACUGGGCAGUUUUGAUAACUGAUGGUAUUCUUACUCGUGGCGUCAUGCAGGAAGGUGGCUGUGACCAUCGCUUGUGGUGGCCAUCUGCCUCCGGGUGGGGUCGAGGUUUCAUUCAGUCGUUGACGAAAAGCAACACCGAGAAAAUAAUCUGAUCUUAAACAUUCGGCAAUGACGUCACAAAGAACAAGACUGCAGUGGAGGAUGCUCGCUUCUACCAUUCUUUUGUUCCUUCUUGCGGCAGUUGUUGCAGAUGCGCAACUGUCUCCGGGAUUCUACCAUUGGACUUGUCCACAUGCCGCUUCUGUCGUGAAAGCAAAGGUUGAUGCUUUCGUCGAAGCCGAUCGGGGAUUAGCAGCAGAUCUCAUGCGCCUGCAUUUCCACGAUUGCUUCGUUCGAGGAUGUGAUGGAUCCGUCCUUCUCGAUUCAACUGAUCCAAAUGUUCUCACGGAGAAGUCAGCGUUGCUGAACAAUAACUCCUUGAGAGGAUUCGAGCAAAUCGAUAAAAUCAAGAUGGAGCUCGAGUGUGCAUGCCCAGGUGUUGUAUCAUGUGCGGAUAUACUAGCUCUCGUCGCCCGCGAUGCCACAGUCAAGGAUGGCCGAUGCAGAUACCCUUUUGAGGAGGUAGGCGAUACCUUCACGCGAUGGGACUGAACGUUCAAAGUCGGCUGAUAUCGAAUAGGCGCUGCAUGACCUUGAAACUGUCAUAAUGAUUCUGUUGGAUAAUCGCAGUAAGGUUUUUUUAAGAUAGUCGAACAUAGUCGAAAAGAGUACUUUCCAGAGCAAAUUAUGUUGUAUUCUGGUGCACAUCCUUUGAUGUUGGAUUAAGUAGCAUUUCAUGGCUUGGGCACAAAAGAAUAAAAUGUAAAUAA